AUGUCUAACUGGGACCCCUACUGUUUUGGUGCUUCCAGAAGCAGCCCCUACAAGGUACUCCUGACUGCGGCAGCUACUCUCCAAGUAAUCCGCACGAAGCUGCCUUCCGCCGCCCACAAGAUCUACCGCGGAUACUACGACGAUAUCAUAUCGUCAGGAAGUGGCGCACAAGACUCUGCUGUUGCAAUGGCAACGUUCGUCGAAACCUUCCCGGCUAUCUUGUCAUUUCAUAACAGGCUGGCGGUCUUACAGAAUCCGGAGAUCGAGAGACAGAAGCCUGGCGAAGGACGCGUUAAAUUCCCGUUAGUGGGGAAUGGUAUAGCAGCGGGUGAUGAUGACGAGGAUGUGAUAAAAGCAACCUUGGCUCAAGAGAAGCAGAGAAACAAACCGAAGUGGGAAGCAGAGAGAGCAAAGAAAGGCAAGAAACCGAAGAAUCUGCUGGCAUCAGAGGAAACAUUGGCUAUGACACCCGAAGCUGCUCUAGACACGGACACUGGACCUGGACAUGAGAUGCGCGAAGGAUUUCCAACAUCGGCUAUGACACACGAGUUUGCUCUAAACACGAACACAGAGCCUGGGCAUGAGAUGAGCGAAGAGUCUUCAUCAUUGGCUUAUUCCUCAACUGUCACCAAUACCGAAGCUGACAGGCCAGUGGUAACCCAAAGUCCUAUAAUAUCGCCAGCACUUCUGGCCAACCCUAGCUACGAACCAUUUGGCAUGGCUGAAGAGAUUCUCGACACAGAAGGGCCAACGGGACCCCAGAGCUUGGUGACGUUACCAGCAAUUCCAACCAUCACCAACACUGCACACCCCGAAGGUGGCAACAACAACGAGAUGGGACUCGAGUUCCCCGAAGACAUAUCGGACGAUUUGACUUGGGAAGAUGGUUUGGAAGUCAUCGACACCUUCUCAUGGGCGCGCCCACGAUCAUCUUAA